UCCCUCUCGCCGAGCCACUGUGUUGCAUCUGUCUGCCUCGCUGCUUGUGUGUCUGGGUGUGUGUGUGUGUGUGUGAGAGAGAGAGUGCGCUAAAAAACCCGAGCAGCCAGUGGGAGAGCUAGAGAGCGGGGAGAGAGACACAGGGGAAAGGCAAAAAGCAUCUGAGAAGGGAGAAGGAACGGGAGUGUGAGACAGCUAUGAAAUUCAUCCAAGCUAUUUGCUUACUGCUUCUCUGCCCAGCUUUGAGCCUCAACACCAGCAGACAAAGCUACGAUGGGCUGGAAAAGAGGCUAAAGGAAGUCUUCAGUGAACGAAGCAGCAUCCUGCAUCAGCUCUCCAAGACAUCAAAAGAACUGGACAGCAUAAAAGGCAACCUUCAGUCCCUGAAAAAUGAUGACACUGUGGCCAAGAAGGAUGUGCAGAGGAUUCUGGAGCUCAGCCAUAAGCAGAGAGAGGAGAUGAAGACCCUCCAGGCAGCCUUGCAGAAGCAGCUGGAUGAGGCAAAUGAGCGAGCUGAGAAGCAGCAGGCCACGAUUAAAUUUAUUAAAGUGGAGAUGGAGAAAAAAACCAAAAUCAUCAAGGAUUUACAACAAGAGAACAAGAGCUUGAAAAACAAGUUGCUCUCGGGAAACAAACUUUGUGAUGCCUACGCUGAGGAGUCCAAAAAAAUCCAGGCUCAACUGAAAGAACUGCGGUACGGGAAAAAGGAUUUAAUUUUUAAGGGCCAGCAGCUGCUGGAUUUGGAACAUAAGCUAACUGUAGCCAAGGAAGAACUGGAGAAGACAGCAUUGGAUAAGGAGUCUCAGCUGAAGGCGCUGAAGGACACAGUUCACAUCUGCUUCUCAGCUGUCCUGCACAACCAGCCCAGCAGCAGUCACAGAUUUCCUACCUCCCCCACCCACUUGUUCAGAUACUCGUCGCUCAUCAACAGCUCCAGAGUCACCUUUCAACAGCCACAUGCCAAGGAUAUUUCUAAAGUUCAGAGAAUUGUCACAGCCAGUAAAUCACCCAUGAACGGCGAAGUAAUGAGACGAGAGGGCGGCGGAGUUAAAGAGUGCCAGAUGGAAAAGACCGAGGGGGAAUGUUUCCAGAAUCAGACGGAGGAAUCAGCCCCGGAAAGUAAAAAACAACCAGAGCUUCAGCAGCAAAGGAGCCAAGCGCAGACUGGAAAAUUCAAUACAAAGCUCAUACACGACAGUGAAGAGGCAGAGGGAGGCAGCAGCAAAAACACAAAGCUGCAGAGCUACAACUGAGCGGACGGCAUGUCAUCGGAAAGCUGAGCCCUUGCAUCGCCUGAAGGAUCUUUUAAAGAGCACACACUUGCGCACUCUCACAAAAAACGUGCGCCCACACAUACAUACAACCUUACACUUAAACACACACACACACACACAGUUAUACGUUUGCAUAUCAGUGUUGUUAGCUAAAGCUAAGACGCUGGAACUGUCAACAAAUUUCAAACUGUCAUCUGAAAACCACCAUAGUAAAAUGGCAUGCGUUUAGAAAUUCUUUUCAAAGGUAGCAAUGGCACUGGUAACUUGUUUCAUGAUUGUUUAUUUGUUGUUUACUUAUCUGAGUUUUAUUUUGAGUGAGGACACUGCUUUCUUAAUGUGUGAUCUUUCUGGAAAAAAAAAAAACCCUUUGCACUGGUGAGGUCUGACACUGUUUCCUGUGGUACGUAUAUCAAUUGACAAAUAGAAAGUACUCCUACUACUACUAUUACUACUACUACUAUUACUACCCAACUUAGAUUAUUGUUUGUCACUCAUUGUAGCAAGGUUAAUUUACUCCUCCACAUUUUGAAAUAUAGAGGCUCAAGUUGGCUGGCCAACUGUUCAACGUUUAAUAUUUCAGCACUCUUUUCUGCCUUUACCACUCCGGAGGCAAAGAGCCAAAGACUCACAAUGGGUCGUCUCCCCGAGAAUGUGCCAUGCACUGAGUAGUAACUCCUAGCUACGUGUAUCUGUGUUAUCUGACCUUUCUGUGUCCUUUAAAUAAACUGUAAUUUUCAGUAAA